ACGGAAGGAAGAAAGAAGACCUUGGAAUUAGCUCAAGAAUGGCCUACGUUGAGAGAGGUGUUGUGAAAUCCAAGCGAACUUUAUGGCGGCUAAAGACCAUCACUGACUUCUUUUGGUCCAUUGUGAAUAUGAUAAGCGUGUUCUUUGCUACAAUGUUCUCGAUGGAAAAGUCAGAUGCUUACAGGAAAGGCUCUGGUUCUAGCAAAAAAUGGGAUGGUGGCCCAGGCGGUCCUGGAAGUGGACCAUAUGGUGGUGGUGGUCCACGGGGGCCGCCCCGAGGACCCCGAGGCUUGGAUAAUGUUCGAGGGAUCGACCAUAGUUCCCUCCCUGCAUGUGGUUCUUGCUGCGGCUAAUAUGUGAGGUAUCUCUUCCGCAUUUUCUCAAAUGCUUCCAGUUGGAAAUGUGUUAUUUGGAUCGAUAUAAUAUAAUACCACUGUUAAUAGAUGGUCUAAGAAGGCAUGAGUACGGAGUCUACAGACAUUAAUGUGUAUCCUUCAAUGGGAACUGAAAGGAUUUUUACUUAUAUUAUUGAUCUUGUUACUGUGUGCA